AUGCCGCCGUCCUUGCAUAGCAUCAGGAGGGUCCACCAGUCAACUGCCACCAUUCAGAGACUUCGAGGAGGAGGGCUCUUCAGGAGGAAGCAGAAGGAGCAGCCUCCACCUCCGCCCCCACCUGUCGUGAUUCCCCGGAAGCGAACAUUUCGAGACAUCUACUUCAAAGUCAUUGAGACUCUGACGCUCUUGUUUCCCCUGUGGACGUUUGUCUUGUCGGGCAUCGCACUUUACAAUCCAGACAGUUUUGGGUGGCUCACGACCGAGCCGGGGACUCUCCUCUUUCUGUCAGUCGUCAUGUUGUCCAUCGGGACAAGUCUGAAUGCUAAGGAUCUGUAUCGAGUGAGAGACAACUUGUACCCCAUCGGUAUAGCAUAUGUCUGCAGAUAUGCGAUGACGCCUCUCCUGGGACUGCUCGUCAGCCGUUUCCUCUCGGAGUCACUCGCCACCGGCCUCAUCCUGCUGUCUUGCUGUCCAGGCAGCCAGGCUUCUAACGUUGCCUGCUUCAUUGCGGGAGGGGAUCUUCCCGUGUCGAUCCUGAUGACUUUGAUGUCUACGGUCACCUGCGCUGUCAUGACACCUCUCUUGCUGCAGCUGAUAGUUGGGUUGAAAAUCAGCAUCGACGGCGUCGGGAUGUGUACAUCGAUGUUCCAAGUCGUCCUGAUGCCGAUCUUGACGGGGCUGGUUCUGAAUCAGUACCUUCCUUCGGUGGUCUCAAGGAUCAAGGAGGUCACUCCACUCAUCGGCGUCUUGCUCACUUCGUGCCUCGUUGCAGCCCCCGUGGCUGGAGUCAGAGACGAGCUUUUGAACGGAGGGCUGGAGCUGGGCUUUCCUGUUAUUCUUUUACACCUACUGUCCUUCCUUGCUGGGUUUUCACUCCCAAGGUACCUGCUGGGGAUGAGUGAGAGGAUGAGCAGGACCAUUGCGAUCGAGACUGGAAUGCAAAGUGCGGCUCUUGGAUAUCUCCUUGCCAUGAAGCACUUCGAGAACCCUCUGAUCGCGGUGCCGUCGGCUGUUGGCGUCCUGGUGAUGUCAGGCCUUGGAGCGACGUUCGCUGUCGCAUGGAGGCUCAAGGUGAGCUGGAGGUGCAGCAGGUAG